AUGAACAAGAACUCCCUCAGCACUAACCAGGAGCUGCUUAAAGGCGAGUACCUCCUCAGUGAAAAUGGGAACUACAAAGCCAUCUUCCAGGAAGAUGGCAACUUUGUCAUCUAUGGCUGGAAACCUAUCUGUGCUACAGCAACAAAUGGCAAAAACCCCUCUUGAAUCAUCCUGCAGGGGGAUUCAAACCUGGUCAUGUACACCCAGGAUGAUAAACCAGUGUGGAGCAGUGGAACUAAUAAAGCCGAAAUCUUUCAAGUCCUGCGUCUGACCAUGAAUAAUAAUGGUGUCCUGAUUCUUACAAGAAACGGGAAACAAAUCUGGAGCUCUUGA